CCAGGCCAGCGCGGCGGAGGCGGUGGUGGCGAUGGGGGGCUUCCGGAUGCAGCACGAAGAGGGUGAGGGGUUGGGGGGACCCUAUUCCCUCCUGCGAAGCGGUGGGAGGGGGCACCGCCACUGUCCUGGGCAGAAUCUUCCAGGGCCCACCAGCUCUGAACAGAUCAUGAGGACGGGGUCCCUGCUGCUCCAGGGUUUCAUCCAGGACCGAAUCCAGAGCAUGGGGUGGCAGACGUCCCAGCUGGCCCUGGAUUGGGAGCCCCAGGAUCCCGCCAUCAAGAGGAUGAGCGAAGUCCUCAGACGCAUCGGAGACGAGCUUGACAAUGACGUCAACAUGAAGCGGGUCAUCACGGUGGCCGUGGAGACAGAAACCACCUGGCAGCUCUUCUCCAAAGUGGCCGCGGGCGUGUUUGCCGAUGGCAGGCUCAGCUGGGGCCGGAUCGUCGCCCUGUUCUGCUUCACCACCAAGCUGGUCUUCAAGGCCCUGUGCUCCAACUUACCCGAGAUGAUCAGGACCAUCAUGGACUGGAUGAUGAAAUUCCUUAAAGAACGGCUACUGAACUGGAUCCAGCAGCAGGGCGGCUGGGACGGCCUCCUCUCCUACUACCAGCCUCCCCUGUGGCAGACGGUGACCUUCCUCGUGGCCGGAGCACUCAUCCUGUCCUCUGCCUUCUGGAAGAAGAAGCUGGGCUGAGGGGACUCUGGUCUCUCUGCAUAAGUCGGAU